UGGAUAGAGACGAUGGAGGAUCUCCGUGAACUUUCCAGGGAGUUGGUGAGAGACAUUUUAAACUUAGCAGAGGAUGUAGAAGCAGGACCUGCACUUUCCGACGAAGAUAUCGACCACAGAGUGAUUGCAAAUCUAGAAGAAGUUGUCCACCACUUCUCUGGUACCAGGGCGCAUCAGGCCCAACACACACAGGGACCGGGGUGUUUGCCGUUUGACAUACCGAGUGCAGUUCUGGAGCAUCAAGUUCUUUGUGGAGUUCCCGCUGGUCAAAUUGCAGCGAUGUUCGGAGUGUCAAAGAGGACCAUCAGGAGACGCAUGCAACAAUACGGUUUAAGAAAGACAGAUCUCUAUUCAGCUGUGAAUGAUAAGGAGUUAGACCGUAUUGUAAGUGAAAUUCACAGAAGUCAUCCAAACACCAGCUACAAGCUAAUGCGUGGUCAUCUGAAUGCAAGAGGUGUGCGUGUUUCAAUCUCAAGACUGCAAGAGUCUUUACGCAGCGUCGAUGCAGAGGGAGUCUACAUGAGACGUCUGAGGCUGCGUGUAUUAAGGCGACGGCAGUAUUCUGUUCCUGGCCUAAACUCUUUGUGGCAUAUAGAUGGCCACCAUAAGCUCAUCAGGUGGAGAUUUGUUGUCCAUGGUGGGGGUGGAUGGAUUCAGUCGUUUAGUGGUCUACCUGACUGUGGCUGACAAUAAUAGAGCUCAUACGGUCUUACAGAGCUUUAUCGCCGCUGUUGAGCAGUAUGGGCUGCCAUCAAGGGUACGGUCUGAUAAAGGGGGGGGAGAAUGCAGAUGUAGCAGAAUUCAUGAUCAGAAGCAGAGGUACCGACAGGAAUUCACACAUCACAGGCAGAAGUGUCCACAAUCAGCGAAUAUAGAGGAUGUGGAGAGAUGUUUAUGAACAUGCCCUGGACCUCUUCUAUCAGAUCUUCACUUCAUUGGAAGAUCAGGGAACUGAAUCCAGACAAUGAAGUCCAUCUUUUCGCUCUGCACCGGAUCUUCCUUCCACUGAUUCAGCAAAGCCUCGACUCUUUCCGAGAUGCUUGGAACUUUCAUGGUCUUAGAACUGAAAGGAAUCAGUCACCACAGGAACUCUGGAGAAGUUACAGAGAGCAAGGCCCUGAGGAGGAUACUACUGAGGUUCCUGAAGAGUAUGGGAUCGACUGGAACGGACCUCACAGCCUUCAUGGAGGCACUGUGUCAGUCCCCGAGGUUCAGCUGGCUCGUGAGCUCUCAGAUGAAGAGGUUGCAAUUUUGCCAGCUCCAGGAGUUUCUGUUACUGAUGCACUUAGACUAUAUGUAGAGACUGUGGAAGUGUUAUCAAGAAUCUUAGCAGACUGAUGUCCAACCCAUGUUUUUAUUUGUUGUGUUAGAACAAGCAAGGAAAAACUGAAAAAGUUUGCUUUCCUUAAAAAAAAGAAAAAAAACUGUUUUACUUUGAAGCUUCCUGUCUCAUUAUGGUCCACAUAAUGACUAACAUGAAUGCUGUACUGUUAGCACUGAAGGUGCAGAACUGUUUGAUUUCAGUAAAUGGAAAAAAUAUGUAGAAUAAAAAAAUGGUCAACUA